AUGGCCGGAUCCGACGGAAGCGCCUCAGAUAGGCCGUUGUGGUCAGUUGAUGCUGAACCGCUAGCCAUCGGGCAUAACGAAAGACAAGACGUGCCCAUGGUGAGGUUGGAAGUAAUGGCCCAGCAGACCGGGCUGCUUAAGCCUGAGGAGGACUGGACCGGCGUCACCGAUCCAAAAAUGAGACGGAGAUUACAGAAUCGGAUCAACUACCGGGCUUGGAAGAGGAGGCAGAACAUGAGGCUUUAUGCCAAUGGUUUCAUCGAUACAAGCUCAACGAAUGAGAUGAGUAGUAUACGUCUCACAAGUAUGACAGACAAACUCAUUUCCGCACUCUGCUCUUCAUCUCUUCUCAAUAUCGAGGCUCGAAUGGCCGACUUCGAGCGUGCCGCCGUUUACGCCUAUACAUCCUUGUCCCCUAGAACAGAUCUUCUUUUCAACUUGACUCAGUUCAACGUGAUGAGAGGGCUGUUCAUAAACAUGGCAGCUAUUGGGUACAGCCCACGUCUAUUCACGGACGCUUCUGGGACAGUCUCGGGUACGACCAUUUCCCCUCUUACUAUCCCGGGGGCCAGGCCGGCAGUCUCAUCAAUGGCAAGCCACCUGCGGCCAACGUCGCUGCAGCUCACAGUGAAGCAUCACCCUUGGAUUGACCUGUGGCCGUUUCCAACAAUGCGCGAUAAUAUACUGAGUCGUGGAGAGGAAUACGACGACACCGAGCUCUGCCUUGAUCUCGUGGAAAACUACUGUGGCCCCAGCGGGAUGUCUGGAUUUAGAGUCUGGGGUGACCCGUGGAACGCGGAGAAUUGGGAAAUCAGUGAAGAAUUCCUGAUGAAAUGGGGCUGGGUUGUCGCUGAAUGCAGUGAACUGUUGAUUGCUACAGACUAUUGGAGGGAGAGGCGAGGAGAACAGGCAUUAUUUCGUCUAUCUACAUAA